AAGGGCACGGCAUCCGCAAAACUGACUAUGCGCAGAAAGCGUAUUACGGACACAAGUUGUAAGGAAAUCGAAAUCAUCUGCAGCACGAUCUGCGAAAGUGGCCGUUUGUUUAUAUUCGAAAGAGAACCACGAGCGCCAUGCCGAGCCUGAGCAGCAAGCGAAAAACUGAAACCAGUACUCCGCGCACGACGAAUGCCGGCCGCACCCCUCGUGCGCAGGUCCGCACCCCACGCGCGAAGACACCCCGCACGGCACGGUCCGCCACGAGAACUCCCCGCCCACGGCCUGUCGAAUUGAAAGAACACACCACGUCUGCCUUCCCGCUUUCUAAAAAAGCAGGAGCGGGCGCAACACCGCGAGCCGUUCUCGUCUCCGGUAAAGCUGGUGACGUGGUUUCCGGAAGAUUGCAGCAGCUUUGUUCAUCUCGGCAAAAGUUGUUCGGUACUAUCGUGGUGAUGUUGCUUGCCGCACUUUCUGUGCUCGUCGUCUACCAGUUCUUGUUCCUGGCAGUGCAAUCUACGCCGCUUUCUACGCUCGAAGCGCAGCUGCUUUCCGCACCAAAGACAGCGCGCAGUUGUGGUCCGACGCUAGUGACGGACGCGGAGCGCCUCCGACGACUGUUCACCGACCGAUUUCUGCGACUGGAGCCCGUUUUGGGGACAGAUCUUUUCCGCUCAGCCUGGCAGUGCGAUGCGGAGCAGCAUUCGAGGCACGGGCGCUUGCACGAGUUUGCCGACCUAUACGAGACUGAGGAAGCGAGGGCGAGUAGCGAUCGUGCAUCCACUAUCUGCAGCAACACGACUACUAGUGCGUUACCGCUCGUUGCCCACGCUUUGCGUCGCCGCAUGCGGGUGUACAGCUCAGCGGAAGAAGUAGAAGAAACGUCUGGCCCCGUGGUCUUUGUGGUGGAGAAUUUGCUGUCGCCCCGCGAGACGAGAUUGUUACGAGAGUUGAGCACAAGCAAAACCGAUGCGCCAGCUGGACCGCAGCGCGCAACCGCGCAGAGUUUUCAGGUUGGCAAAAUGCCGGCGUGGUAUCGGCGAGUGCUGCUCGUUGCUCAAGCACUUGCGGAACUGUACAAGAACGCAGGCGGAACGAAUACUAGUGAAAGUAAUCCAGCAACAAGGAGUUUUACGAAGAAUAAUGUCGUGGCUCUUGCCAACUCAUCCUCGUCGUCGCCCGGAAGCGCAUCAAGCCCGGUCUGUCACCGGAGGAGCAUUUCGUGGUCUCUGAACACUGCAAGUUUCAAGAAGCGAACAGUUGACGCUGUUGCGAAGACGAGACGGGGCGAACAACGCAUGAAGCCGAAGACAUGGUCGGGGUUCAGUCCCGGCUUGCUGGCGGGCUAUUUUGAAGAAAGAAGUGAGGAAGAGGAACUCGGCGAUUGGGAUGUCAGCUUUCAAAUGAUACUUGCAAAAUCGUGGCUUCCGCGCAAGCGCUUGAUCCCGAAUGGCGCGGUUACCUUUUUCCUCGGAAGAGUUGCUGGGCAUAGUGGCAGUUUUUCCGAAAGGCACCAACGGGGCUUCCAUUCACCCGGCGACUUCGUUCUCCGCGGCUACCUGCAUCCUGCCCGGCCGGCGGAGGAACCGGGCUCUGAAGAUCGAUAA